UCGCACGACGAGACGCCCACGGAGAGUGGUCACCCAGACAUUGUCUCACCUCCAAUCAUCCUAUAAAACUUUAUUGUAACUCUCCCAAUUUCCACACCUCAAACUCACAAUCCUCCAUCAAAAUUUCCUGAAAUCACAAGAAUUCAUCAGAAUCUCAAAAACCCUAAGCAGUUUUUUCUUCAACAAGGUUUUGAUCUGUUUUCAAGAUGGAAAGAGCAGCAGUUUAUGAUAAUGAGCUUAAUUUGAAGGCAACUGAAUUGAGAUUAGGAUUACCAGGUGCAGAUGAAUCUGAGAAACAAUCUUCAAGAAACAAUAAGAGAUCUUCAGCAGAAAUGGAUGAUUCACGUGACAAGGAUGAGCAAGAAUCUGCCCCAGCUCCAAAGGCACAAGUAGUUGGCUGGCCUCCGGUUAGAUCGUACCGGAAAAACAUUCUGCACCAGAAAAAUGAAUCAGAUUUAUCUGGGAUUUUUGUAAAAGUGAGCAUGGAUGGAGCUCCUUAUCUAAGGAAGAUCGAUCUUAAGGUUUACAUAAACUACCAAGAUCUGCUCAAGGCCUUGGAGAAUAUGUUCAAAUGCUCGAUCGGGGUGUAUUCAGAGAGAGAAGGGUACGAUGGAUCUGAAUUUGCACCAACUUACGAAGACAAGGAUGGUGACUGGAUGCUGGUCGGGGAUGUUCCAUGGGACAUGUUUAUUACUUCUUGCAAAAGGCUAAGAAUAAUGAAAGGGUCGGAAGCUAAAGGUUUGGGAUGCCUAUAGACACACAAGGGAGAAAUUACAUAAAAGAUGUAGUUCAAAGAGUUUCAUGCAUCGAGGAAAAACCCUUCUCUUAGCUUGGGUUCCCCAUGAAAUAUGUCAGCAUUACACGAGAUCGAACAGUAUAAUAGACGGGAUAUUAAUAGGUUCAUGUUAUCCAACACCGAUAUAGAGAUGUGCAAUUGGACGGGAUACAAAUUCAUGGCUGGUUUAGGGCAGGAAAGACAUCUAGAUUUGUACAAAUGAAAGAUUGCCUCUUUUUCAUUUUUUAUCCAUUUUUUGUGUUUUCAUCCUUUUGAGGAUUUGUAUGUAUUUAUACGAGUAUACAUGGUACAAUACUAAAUCCGAUAAUAUAUUUUGUUAUCUUUA